AUGGCCGAUGGAUGGACUGAUCGAAAAAGAAGAACUCUUAUAAACUUUCUAGUUUAUUGUCCCAAAGGUACUAUUUUUCUAAAAUCCUUUGAUGCUUCUCAUGCUUCAAAAACUGCAGAUAUGUUGUAUAAGCUUUUUAGAGAGGUGGUUUUAUUUGUUGAGCCUGGAAAUUUAGUUCACAUAGUGAUAGAUAAUGCUGUAAAUUAUGUUGUUGCUGGAAGGUUAUUAGAAAAUGAGUUUCCUACUUUAUUUUGGUCUCCUUGUGCGGCACAUUGCAUUAACUUGAUGUUGCAAGACAUGGGAAAAUUAGAGGAACUCCGCAAAAAUUUUCAUGUUGCCGGUUAUUGGUUGAAUCCAGCUUGUAGAUAUAAUGAUGUAGAAUUUGAAACAUCAGGACUUUUAGAUGUCAUUGAAAAGCAUGCUAAUGGAAAUUUUGAACUUCGAUUGAAUUUAACAAAUGAGAUGAGAAUAUUCAAAGACGGUGAAUUAGAUUUUGGAAGGAAACCAGCCGUGGAUGAACGAUAUCAAUGGUGGGAAAUUUAUUGCACUUGUACACCAACUUUGCAAAGGUGGUUACAGGUCAUCAUAGAUAACUUACCCAUUUUUUUCUCAAGGGUUUUUGAUCGUUGCGUCCCUUCCAUCCACCGCUUCCUCUUCGCUCUGCUUCCUGGUAACCGAUACAUAUUAAACUUGGUUUAUUAUAUCAAAGAUUUCUGUUCCUCUCUUAUGGCAACUAGACUCCGGUUCGAGAAUUCUUGUGAAGUUGGUGUCUUCUCAAAACUUACCAAUGCCUAUUGUUUGGUCGCUAUUGGAGCCUCUGAAAGUUUCUACAGUACAUUUGAGGCUGAGUUAUCAGAUGUUAUCCCUGUGAUCAAAACCUCCAUUGGUGGAUCUCGCAUUGUUGGUUGUCUUUGUAUUGGAAACAAGAAUGGACUUCUAUUGCCCCAUACCACCACAGACCAAGAACUCCAACAUUUGAAAAACAGUCUACCUGAUCAUGUUCGUGUUCAGCGUAUUGAAGAAAAAUUAUCUGCUCUGGGAAAUUGUAUAGCAUGUAAUGACCAUGUGGCUCUCACGCACACUGAUCUCGACAGGGAAACUGAGGAGGUUCUUGCAGAUGUUCUUGGAGUAGAAGUUUUUAGGCAGACAGUUGCCGGUAAUGUUCUCGUGGGAAGUUAUUGUGCUUUCUCCAACAAAGGUGGUUUGGUCCAUCCUCAUACUUCGAUUGAAGACUUGGAUGAACUUUCUACACUUCUUCAAGUUCCGUUGGUUGCGGGGACUGUUAAUCGUGGUAGUGAAGUAAUAGGUGCUGGCAUGACAGUAAAUGAUUGGACAGCAUUUUGUGGUUCAGACACCACGGCAACAGAACUUUCGGUGAUUGAGAGUGUUUUCAAGCUGAGGAAUGCGAGCAAAUAA